AUGCAGCACGGGAGCGGCGACUACGCCUCCCCCGCCCCCGCGGGCCACUACUACCCUCACCAGUACGCGCCGCCGGGGCCGCCCCCCCACCCCCCCGCCGCCGACCCCCCGAUCCCGGGGGGCUACGCCUCCGCGCCGCCCUACUCCGUCGGCGGCUACCCCGAGCAGCCGCCAUCCGCCCCGUCCUACACGCAGCCGCCCCAGUACGCCGGGUACCCGCCCUACAACCCCACGCCCUACCCGCCUGAACCCUCGCCGGCGCCGUACUACAGCUACUCGCAGCCGACCCAGCCGGUUCCCGCAGCGGAACCCAGCCCAGCGCCUCUUCCCUAUGACGCCCCGUACUACGGCGGAGGCUACCAGCAGCCCGCCGCUGGGUAUGGCGACGACGAUUACCUGAACGAGGGCGCGUAUGCCUAUACCGGCGACGCAGGCCCCGAGCCGUACGGCGCGCGGGGCACGGCGCCGACCCGGUCAGGAGCCGCGAUGUUUGAUGACUACGGGCGGUCGAUUGGACUCUCGUCCGGAGGGACGGAGCAGCCACACGGCGGCGGGGGCGGCAGUGUGGGUGGGAGCUUUGGGAAGAUUGCAAGGGCUGUUCCAAAAGCAGAAACCCAUGAGGAUGCUAGUGGUGGUGCGCAGAAAUUUCGGGUUAAGCUGCUGCCAGAGGGUGCUGGAAGCCCUACCGAUGUGCUUUGCCAGGUUGGUCUGGAUGGAAUCCGCAUGCUUGAUCCCAGCACAAGCAGGAUCCUAAGGAUUUAUCCCCUUGAUACACUGACGAAAUGGGAGGUUUUGGAUUCAACUGUAUUUGCGAUUUGGGCAAAGACUUCGGUGGAUUUUGAAGCAAAGAGAAUAAGGCUGAAGUCAAACAGCUAUACUUCCAAUACUUUGCUUGACACUGUAACAGCAGCAACAGUCCAGUUUAAGGAGAUCGGUGAAGAUGCAAGAGCCAAAGGACCGGUAGACGCUAGCAAAUCCUCAAUACAAUCAAAUGAGAAGAAAAAAGGUUUUGAUUGGAUGUUUGCGAAACCUGUUGAUGAAGUGAAAGAUCAUUGGGUUCCAGAUGAGGCUGCUAAGAAAUGCCAGUCUUGUGCUGGUGAUUUCAGUCAUUUCAACCGCAGGCAUCAUUGUAGGAACUGUGGCGAGAUCUUCUGUGAUAAAUGCAGCCAAGGAAGAAUUGCUCUGACAGCUGAAGAUAAUGCUCCACUUGUCCGAGUUUGCGAUAGAUGCAUGGCAGAGGUUUCUCAGAGGCUUAGUAUGGCACAGGAAGCUGCAAACAGAUCUACCACAGUGCAAAGUCAUGGAGAUCUUGCAAAAAAACUGAAGGAGGAACUGGAGAGGAAUCGCAAGUCUUCAGGGACGGCGUCUGGAGGUGCAUCUGGAGCAAGAAUGCGGGAAGUUGCGUGCCCUACCUGCACAGUCCAUCUUCAGGUUGAAGUCCCAAUCUCUGGCUCUGAAACAGUCGAGUGUGGAGUGUGCCAGCAUGCUUUUCUCGUCAGCGCCAAUUGA